AUGAGAGCACCCAUUCCGGGGCUUCCUCUCAAGCUUUAUUUGGCUGCAACAAACACAGCGGUUGGGGCCUUACUUGCCCAAGACGAUCAUGGCGGGGAAGAAAGUCCCAUUUAUUACGUAAGUAGGCAACUAAGGGGAGCUGAAAUGAGAUAUCCGAAGACCGAACUCUUGUGCCUUGCUCUUGUCUAUGCUCUUGCUCACAAGCUACAUCUCAUAGUGAAGUCUGAUCCCGUAAGAUAUUUGCUCACAAGGUCGGUGUUAUCCAAACGUCUUGCACGUUGGUUGCUACAACUGUCCGAGUUUGAUAUCACAUGCACCACCCCAAAAACCAUCAAAGGACAAGCUGUGAUUGACAUGCUGGCUCUAUUUCCCGAAGUUAAAAAAUCAACAAUCUCUAAGGAAGUUCUGGGGGAGCUUCCAGAAAUGGUUGUUGUGGUUACAGAGGCGGAUCCAUGGACCCUCUACUUCAAUGGGUCUUCUACAUCGAAAGGUGGAGGAGCAGGUGUAGUGCUUGUCAAUCCCGAGGGGCAAGCCACGACCCUCUCAUUUAAGCUGAAUUUCCCAUGCACAAAUAAUACGGCGGAGUAUGAAGCUUUCAUCAUGGGGAUGUCUACAGUAAGGGAGAUGGGUGUUGAAAGAAUUAAAAUUAUUGGGGACUCAAACCUAGUGCUGAGUCAAUUACAAGGGAAUUUCGCUAUGAAGGAGCCAACAUUGGCGCCGUAUCGUACAGCUGCUAAAAGGCUUGUUCGUUCUUUCAAACAACUAGUGUUAGAACAUAUUCCUGGGGUUACUAAUAGGUAUGCUGAUGCAUUGGCUACUUUGGGAUCGAAGCUCUCAUUUGUUGAAGAACAACCCAACAUUGUUGUGAUCAAGAAAGACAUGCCAGUGAUCGAAGCAAUGGCUCAAGAGGAGCAGCUGGAAGAGGAUGACUGGAGGAAGCCUGUGAAAGAAAAAAUAGGCAAGGGAAGUGACAUCAAAGAAUUGAAAGAUUAUGUGAUCAUCUUUGGAGAACUGUACAGACGCCUUCCAGGAGGUAUUUUGACCCGCUGGAUAGGAACAACAGAAGCACAAGCGAAGCUCCAAGAGGUACAUGAGGUCACUUGCAAUUUGGAGCCAAUAAUAAGCUUGUAUCGGCGUUUACAACGCAAGGGUUAUUACUGGCCAGAAAUUAGGAAACAAGCAGUUGAAAUGAAAGCCAAUUGUCCCAAGUGUGCAACAAUACCCUCCACCGAAGAAUCAUUCACCAUCUCGUUUACGGAAGAUUGGAGGGCUCCGUACUUGGCAUCCUUCAUCAACGGAGUCCUGCCAACCAAUCCCAAGCAUGCACGCAAGCUCAAAAGGACAAUGAAAAGAUACUUCAUAGAUGGGUCAACUCUUCACCGCAAAGGGUUUAAUGGAGAGCCAUUAAAAUGCUUGGGAAAGUCAGAAGCGCAGCAAGUCAUGCAAGAAAUUCAUGCUAGAGAAUGUGGUGAGCACCAAGGAAUGAAGAGGCUUUACCGGCAGCUGCUGAGUGUUGGGUAUUAUUGGCCUACAAUGAAGAACGAUGUAUACAACUUCGUGAAGAGGUGCCACACAUGCCAAGUUCAUGCCAACUUCAGUCACAAGCCUCCCACGCUGCUGCAAGACAUGUGCACUCCUUGGCCCUUUCAUACUUGGGGGCUUGAUUUGAUUGGAGUAUUCAUCAAUGCAAAGUGGCUCAAGCUUUACUACUGCUAA